AUGUCUAAUUCUAACAAUAGUACUAAAACCAAUGAUGAAAUAUCCACUGGUCACUCAGAUGAUUGGAGUGGUCUUGGUGGUGUGUGGUCUAGAAGAUUUCUGCAGGAAGUGAAUGCACUAAGCCCAAUGUUAAAUAAUAUUGUGAAUUCAGAACAUGCUGACUCUACCUUGUGCUAUUUUUGGUCUGAGGUGAUAUCGGAUAGGAAACAGCUUAGGCUAAAGAAUAUUCUUGAUACAGAAAGUCUUGAAUUGUUGGGUGGGUGCUCUCAUGAUAGCACCUUAGAUUUUGAGGACACAAAUUCAGUUACUACUGAGAUGGCCAAAAAGAUCAAAACCAAUAAAAAUGAAAAUGAAGAUGUGUAUUAUAAUUUGGGAGAAGAUGAUGAGACAGUUGUUACAAUUGUGCGUGCUAACUUUAAAAUUUUUAAUCUCAGAGUGAAAAAAAAUACAAUUGGAUUUCGUAGAGAUUCCAUUGAAUUGGCACCUUCUCCUCAAGAACAAUUAAAUUUUUUACGUCAAAUAAAAGAAAGUACUUCUAACAUCUGUAAGAAUUGUUGUUCAAAAAUCAAUCACAAUGAAUUAAUAAAUGAUGAUUUGUCUGAUGAUUAA